AUGUCUCCGGGCUCAGCUCGUACAGCUGAGAACUGUGAACUGGGCGAGUCCUGGAUUGUGGCGUCAACGUCAUCCUUACAGAAGGAGCACCUACCUGAAGAAUCAGUACGAAAUGCGCGACCAAACCAAGAAGACGAGCACAAAAAGUGCCAAUCGAUGACAACGUCUGCUUCUUCAAUAUCAGGCCCUGAGCUUAUCAUGCCAUCAAUAUGCGAGGUACCUAUCUCAGAAGCCUCCUGGGUAGCGCCGGAGUUGCGCUCCCGCACGCUGCCCGCGCAUACAGUCAAGCGAAGGCACAAGCGAUUAUCUGAUCGAUCAGGGAAGAAGCGAGAGUCUGAAGCGUUGAGCUCAGCAACUUCUACGACAGCGGGCAAAUCAGAAGGAGAAAAGAUCGUGCCAAACAGCUCGGGAACAGCAUCUACGUCUGCGCGCAUAGAAAGAUACAUCAGACCAUUGAUCAACCUCCUCCUCAUGGCGGCAAUCUCCCACCUUCUCAUUUUACCGGAGCUUGUCCAGCAAUAUCAAACCCUCUGCAGCAUCGGAACAGUAUCAGCCCUCUAUCCAGCGAGCUGCAUCCCACCUUACCCACAACCCCCAUCCACCAACCCCCAAAUGCAGUCCCACCCCAACUCCCUCCUAACCUCCCAAUCCCGCCUUGAAAGCCUCUUCAACACAACCCUCACCCAAAUGUCUACCCUACAGCCCACCUUGCAACAAACGGAGCCCCUCCUCCGCAGCCUCCACGCGAAUCUCAAGAAGGCCUACCCGGCCACCAAACACGAACUCGACCUCGAAUUCGCCGGCUGCACCCAAGCCGCCCGCACAGCGACGGACAAGUUCGCCUCACUGAAAGCAGACAUCAACUCCGCAAUGGACAGCCUCGUCGCAACCGCAGCCACCGACGACACCACCGGCACAGGCAGAGGCCGAGGCGGCAGCCGCUCCGUCGCGCAGGACGCCAGACUCUCGACCCAACUCGCCCGGCGGGAAGCGUACCUCGACCAGCUCACUUCACGCAUGCAGUCCAAGGCCGAGGCGCUGUGCGGGGACUUUGCCACGCUGGACGACCAUCUCGACUCUAUCCGGGAGAUUGUGCAGAGGGAGAUGCGCGCCCGUCCCUCCUUUGGCGACUUCGCGAAGGCCGCGGGGAACGAGCCUCGCAACGGCCAGAGUAAAGGUCUCUGGGCGUUCAUCGAGACGAUCGUGCCGUUUACCGGCAGGGCGUCACCCGUGCGUACUGAAGAGGAUGAGACUCCAGCGUCUGAGACGCAGAUAUCCGACUUUCUUCGGCAGGCGACACAUCACCAUCGGCCUGUAGCUGAUCGAGUUCGCAGAUUAUAUAUCGAUCUGCAGAACCUGCAAAGGAAGAAAGGGAAUAUGGUAUAA